AUGCCAUAUCAAAUCAAUAAGGGCAGGUCGGGUUGCGCGACGUGGUCGGCACAGGAGAUCUAUUCAAACGCCGCCGACAUCAACUUCCGCAACCCGGAAAAUCCAAGAUGGUGGUUCUACAACGACAAAGCAGAGGAUUUUCUCACGGGCCCUAAUUCAGCCAUCAGCGCCGUCCAUGAUCGAAAAGCUCGUGAAAAGGGGCGUAAUAUAGCCAUAGACUCUAUCCGUUUCUUUAGAGACGAAAUAAAAAAAUACCGAAGCCUGACGUGGCAGGAUGUACGAGAUACAAGACCUGUAAUAUUCGUCGCAUCGGAUUCUAACCAUCAUCGCUACAGAUGCAUAUCCCGAACAGCUCCUUUCAACAUAGAAAUAGAUCCCCAGAAAAGAAUUCUACAUUGCAUGAUAUGCCAAUUCUUCUUUGAGAUGCGCCCUCUCAUUCCGCGGAACUGGCAGCCCUGGUUUGCCCGUUUCGAUAGGCUCUCGAUAGGCGAUCAACUUGACGUGCUUGCGUCUAUCCCAUACCCAAUAUCCCCCAUGGCGUCGCCGGUGGAUCAGAGGCUCUGUAUCAUCGUUGGUCUGGAUGAUGCCUACAGUCAGUAUACGCAUGGCGAAGUAACGCGUUUUCUUCGUAUAAUCGAACAGUUUUUUAUUGCUGGCGGAAGAGGAAAGAUAUUGCUCAUGCAUUAUGCUCCAUUCGAUAUGACCGGCAUGUUGAAAGGUGAGAGUAAUGUGACGAAUCUUAAGAAGGGAUACUGCACGUAGGUAUGUAGGUAUGUGCUGUAGAUAUGUGCUGUAGGUACAUAUUAUUAGAUUUAACUAUCGACUUUAUGAUAUAUGUAUUAGGUAAUAUCCCGAAAUACCGUCCAAUGUAAAUGCAUAACCCAGCUUCCUUUUCUUCGAAAACAGUUUUCAAAUUGGUGGGUCCUUUAAGCCAAAAGAGCGAGAUGAAAUGAAACUUAAAAAAUCGUAUACCCCCGUGUUACCCAUAAAAUAUCCUUUUCACAUCAUCUCAUUACUAAGUACCCCAGUCCCGAGUCCAAUGAUGCAUAUUACUCUGCAAAAUGUCUGUCCCGACAGAAACUUUGCGAAGAACCGCGCAACCUAUGCACGCUGUGAUCGUCUGGCGUGGCGGUGGCCGACGUUGCUAAUGCUUUCGCUAGGAGCAAUGCUACUCAAAUCGUCAUCCCAGCCAUUAUGACAGCUUCCGACGUAACUCUCCUGGAGUGGGAUGCUCCUAG